AUGACAAUCAUGGACUUUGAUGAGGGCCUCAACUCUGCAAGCUGGGCACCAGAGUUUUGGCAACACUUGGGCCAUGAGGAGGUGGACAAGGCACUUGACAUUGCAAGCAAGGCAUUGCAACAGGCUCGAGAUGCACGAGGAAGGGCAUUGGCCCACAACGCCAUUGCUCGAGCCCAACUGCUGGCUCGAGAAUAUCUGAAAGCUGAGGAGGCAGCCGACCAGGGACUAGAAGCAGCCCGCGGAGCAAAGGACUCCUCGGAUGUCAUGGCUCAGUGCAUCGCUGCCAAGACACUCCUUGCCCGUUUCCGACAUGAUGAUGCUUUCCAAGCAGCGGAAGCUGCUGUGUCGCUCGCGCAGUCGAAGGGCAAGUCGGUUCAGGCGGCGGCUCUGACAACACGUGCGCAGGUUUGCCUUGCAAGAGACAAGAAGCAAGAGGCUGGCAAGGUUGCCAGACAAGCUGUGGCUUUGUUCAGGGAGUGUGAAGAGAGAAGUGGCGAGGCCAUGGCCUUGGAGGUUGUGGCGCGAGCAUGCCUAGCGGCAAAAAAGGGCAACGAGGCGCUCCGUGCUGCGAACGAGGUGCUGGCGCUAUUCCAGGGGAGCGGAUCUGAUGCUGAGUCCAGGUCGCUGCUCUUGGUUGCGAAAACCAAGCAGGCUCUGGGAGACGCUCAGGAGGCUCAGGAAGUGGCUCAGAAAGCUGUUGCUAUCUUUGAAAAGACUGACGACCGGCAGAUGCAGGGCAUCACCUUGAAGCAGCUCGCUGAGAUUUGCUUCGCAGGUGCCGACAACAUUGAUGGUUGGCAGUACACGAAGGAAGCUCUCGAAUGCUUCCGUGAAGUGGGCCACAAGAGAGGUGAGGCAGCUACUUUGUGCCAAAUUGCAGCGGCACAUGUGGACAACGGUGCUUGCGAGGAGGCCCUAAGGAUUGCGGAGGAAGCCGUCACCAUCUGCCGUGAGAGCAACUUCAGGUCCCAGCUGGGGACGACUCUCAGCGUCAUUGCCAGCGCAUACGUGGCCCAGCUGCCGGCAGCACGUAGCGAUCAACAGGAGCAGCAGAUCAACUGGAAAGCUCGAUUAGCAGGCAAAGAAGCCUUGGGAAUCCUGCAGAGCGUUGGCGAUCGAGUGGGAGAAGCGCAGACGCUGAAGAGCUUGGCAUCUGCCUUUUUGAAUUACGGAAAUGCUGCUGAGGCUCGCGCGCGGGCCAAACUUGCCGUUGACAUUGGCAAGGAGAUUGGAAACAAGCAGAUUGAGGGUGAAAACCUGCUGCUUGUCGCCCAGUCCAAGGUUCAUGAAAACAAGGAAGAAGGAGCUCGUCUUGCAAGAUUGUCGGAGAAGCUUCUACGAGAAGCAGGAGCCUCAUCAGCUGCAAGAAGUGCGGGCGAUACCUACGAUUUCAUUCGCGACUAUGGAGUCCAACGCAAGGAGACCAAAAAAGAUCGGCCAAAGCAGGAAGCCGAUGUCAAAACCGACAUCACCCUUGAUGUGGAGGAAGGGAAACACCGCCUUGGCUACUUCCACGGCUUCACAGCUCGAGCUGUUCGUCCUCGUGCGUAG